CGCGCCGGCGGGGUGAGGCGAGGCGAGCCAGGCACGGCGACGCGACAGGCAACGGCCGGCGGCUCGCUGCUCGCUCCGCUCGGCAGUCGGUGCCGGCACGGAGUUGGAGUGGGUUGUGGGUAACGCGCGGCGGAUCCUCCUCGUGCCGAGUACUUUCUCAAGCAGCCGACGCAGGCCGUCGGCGUGGACGUGGGGUACCGCGCCGACGCCAGCAGCCCUAUAUCGUCUCGGACACCGCGAGCCACACGGGCGUCGUCGCCAGGCUGACGCGGGCGGAUCAGGACAGCGCGCCAACUCGCGCACGCCGCCAUGGGUAAGAAGGCCCCCGCGGCGGACGCCGGGGGCGAGGCCCCGGAAGGUGCGCUGCGCAAGAUCACCCUCGCCGGCGGCGUCGCCCUCAUCGUCGGCUCCAUCAUCGGCUCGGGCAUCUUCGUGUCGCCGAGCAAUGUGUUCGCGAAGACCGAGUCGGUGGGCUUCAGUCUUGUGAUCUGGACGCUAUCAGGAGUGUUCUCGUGCCUGGGCGCGCUGUGCUACGCCGAGCUCGGCACGGUGGUGAACCGCAGCGGCGGCGAGUACGCGUACCUGACGGCCGCGCUCGGCCCGCUGCCCGGCUUCCUGCAGCUGUGGGCGUCGCUCGUCAUCCUGCAGCCCACGCCGCUCGCCGUCAUGGCGCGCACCUUCGCCGUCUACACGGCCAAGCCCUUCUUCGAGGGCUGCGAGCCGCCGGAGGCCGUCGUCAAGUUGCUGGCCAUCGUGGGGCUGGGCCUGCUCACCGCGGUGAACAGCACGUCCGUGCGCCUGGCCAUGCGCGUGCAGGGCGUGUUCACCUGGGCCAAGAUCCUCGCGCUGGUGCUCUUCAUCAUCCUGGGCGCGGUGACGGCGUUCAGCGAUGGCGUGGACAACCUCUCCCCCGCCUGGGAGGGCACCUUCUCGCCCGGCGCCGUGGCGAUGGCCUCCUACUUCGGGCUGUUUGCCUUCGGCGGCUGGAACCAGCUCAACUUCGUCAUCGACGAGCUGCAGGAUCCGUACAG